CAUGUUUGAAAUUUCAGUAAUGGUUUAAGUGUUCUUCGUUUACAUCUUAAUCGUUUAUACAUCGAUUGUUAUUAUAAUCAUUUUUUAAUAAGGCUCAGCCGGCAAAAUAUUAUAAAAUGAAGGAAAUGGUCCAAGAUCCAAAAGAUGGUCAACAAAUAGUACGAAUUAUUGCUAGUCGAGGUAACUAUCUCCACGAAGUUGAAACAGCUGUAAGUAUGCUCACAAAAUUCAGAAAAAACGUUUGGGUUAAACGAUGCGAUUUCAUUCUAGUGAUACCAAUUAAAAACGGCGAUAAAGUUAAAGCAGAGAUUUGUAAGAUCUUAACAGCCGAACAUAUCAAGGAAUAUCAAGCAGCAAUUUGAAAAUGAAAGUACAAGUUCAGAAGAUGACAGCUAACUUAAAUGCUUCGCAAUUUACAUAGCAAAAUAUGCAGAUUACGUAUUUUUAAUAUCUACCAUAACUCGCAAUAGUAACUGAAAUCAACGGCUCGUUCUCGCACUUCUUUAACAUGUUGAAACCCCGUGCCAGCCAAGCCAUGCUGCAUUAAUAUGGGUAAAGACUUUUCAUUCGAGCUGCAACAGUAUAUCCUACGAUACCAUAUGCACAGGAAGACUUUGGGGCAUUGAAUAUUCCGCUUCAGUGUCGAUGUAGAUAGCACUCCUGUAUUAGGCCGUGACUUUGUGCGCUUGGGAUUGUGCAAGCAAUGAAAUCGCGGCGUUGAAACGGUUCGGAAUGGCAUUUGCAGUCAAUUCUAAUGGUAGCCACUUUCACUCCUUUUGGAUUCUCCCGUCGCUUGCACAGUUCUAGAAACCAUUGAUUCAUCAACUGCUAAGCUGUUCGAAAGUGCUUUGAGAGCUUCAACUGGAUUUUCGGCCAAUAUAUCUUGCAAUUCAUUGUCUUCGAACUUUUCUGGUCGUCCAGGCCGUUCUUUGUCAUUGACUUCAAAGUCAUCAUUUUUAAAUCGCUGAAAUCAAAACCAAUAAUUCGGACAUGAUAGAGCAAGCAAACAGAACAAAGCUUUGAAGUUUAAAAAUGUAAUUUUGUGCGCUCCAUGAUUAGCGUCUGCAUACGCCGAAUAACUC